CACCGAUGGACGAUACGAGUGCAAGAACCGACGAUGUGAAAAGCAGGCGUGAAUCACAUGAUCCGACUCGCUUCCUUUUCUGUGGCUGUCUAAAGUCAUAUUGUGCUGCCUACCUAGACAUCAUAUUGGAGCAUUUUAAGCUGUGCUUACGAUGCCCCAAAAUGCCCUCUAGAUGGAUGCUGCAAACCGCUCUGACUUCUACAUUGGUUUGGCACUUGCUGUCAGCUCGACUAUCUUCAUCGGUGGCAGUUUCAUAUUGAAAAAGAAAGGUCUCUUACGACUGGCCAAUAAAGGCUCCACUAGAGCAGGUCAAGGCGGAUAUGCAUACCUGAAAGAAUGGUUGUGGUGGGCCGGGCUUAUAUCAAUGGGAAUAGGCGAGAUCGCAAACUUCGCAGCGUAUGCAUUUGCUCCUGCCACAUUAGUGACACCUCUGGGAGCACUGAGCGUUUUGGUCAGUGCUGUGCUUUCAUCAUACUUCCUGAGUGAGCGGCUGAAUAUCCAUGGGAAAAUUGGCUGUUUGCUGUGCAUCUUCGGUUCCACAGUUAUGGUUCUCCAUGCUCCGCAAGAGGAAGAAGUUGCUUCUUUAACUGCGAUGGCAGAGAAACUCAAAGAUCCAGGAUUCAUCGCAUUUGCUGUCUGCAUUGUCGUCGUCAGCCUGGCUCUGAUCUUCUUUGUCGCACCUCGCUACGGUCAGAAGAAUGUGCUGGUCUACAUCCUCAUCUGCUCUGUGAUUGGUGCGUUGUCUGUGUCCUGUGUGAAAGGCCUUGGCAUUGGGAUCAAAGAGCUGUUUGCUGGAACGGCUGUCCUGAAAGAGCCUUUAUUCUGGGCCCUUCUCAUAUGCCUUGUGAUUUGUAUCAGUAUCCAGAUAAGCUACCUCAAUAAGGCGCUUGAUAUCUUCAACACUUCUAUUGUUACUCCUAUUUAUUAUGUAUUUUUCACCACAUCCGUGAUGGCUUGUUCAGCCAUCUUGUUUAAAGAGUGGCUUCAGAUGUCCAGCGACGGGGCUAUUGGGACUGUUAGUGGGUUUCUUACCAUCAUCAUUGGCAUUUUUCUUCUUCAUGCGUUUAAGGACAUCAAAUUUAAAUUGGACUCUCUACCUUUAUAUCUGCACCUUGGCCCUCAAGACAGAACGUGGGACCAAUCGUACACUGCUUUGCCAACCGAUGAGAGAACUGUUAUGGAUGAAAGCAAUCUGACUAAACAAAGAAAUGCAAAGAGCUUCUUUCCUGAGAGUUCAGAAAAGAGGAGUAAUGGUACAUUUAUUACCUAGAAUAAUAUCUUAAUGCUUAAUGUUUUUGAGUGACUACUAAAAUACAGCUUUACUGUUUGCUACUGUACAAGCACACUUUCCAAAACUUUAAUACUGUAAGAGUACUUGAAUUAGCUUUUUUUUAGUUUAGAAGGAACUUGUGUUACAGAUUUUCCAUCUAUUUCUAUUUAAAUCUUGCCAUUUAACAAUUUUAUUCAGGUUUUUAUGCUAAUAAUGAUCAGUUGUAAAUAUUAAAAUCUUGAAGAAGCAGUACAGGGUUUAAAAAUCUGUUGUACGACGUCUUAAAUGUUACAUUAUUUAUUCCAUGACCAAACCAGCCUUGUUUAGACGAUACCUAGGGUUACAUUAAGCACCUGAAAUUUGUCGACUUAACAUUAAUGCUUUAUCUGUUCAAUAAAAGCAUUUUUUUUUUUAAAUACAGUAUGCUUGACUACUUGUACUCUACCACUUAAAAGUUUGGGGUCUCUUUAAGUCUGCAUUUAUGUGAUUAAAAUGCUGUCAAAAUUGUGAAAUAUUAUUGCAAAAUAAAAUAACUGUUUUCUAUUUUA